AUGUACACCAAGCUCCGUAACGACCGGGAGAUUCGGCUCGUGACUUUGAAAGCCGGCCAAUUUGGUGAUUCGAUUAGUUGCUGUUUGCGGCGCGUGACUCUCAGCAAAUCGCUCAAAUUCGAAGCUCUCUCUUACGAGUGGAAACAAGCCCAUGGCUCGACCAGCAUCACAUGUAACGGUAGUCCUCGGCCCGUCACAUCUAAUCUAGCAUUGGCACUACGGGCCUUGCGAUUCUCCUCGAGGCCUAGAGUUCUCUGGGUGGAUGCGAUAUGCAUCAAUCAGGAAGACCCGGGAGAGAAGGCGAAGCAAAUUCCACUUAUGCGAGAGAUUUAUGCGUCGGCUACUUCUGUUCUAACAUGGCUUGGCCCUGAUUUUCCUGGGGCUAAAGAAGCGUUUGAUAUUCUCCCAUAUCUUUGCAUGGUGGGGGUCGAACGCCAUCCAACCGGAAAACCAGACACGGAGAAAAUGGAAGACCUCAUCGCGGCCAACCUCACUGAGCGCCCGAAACAUGGAUCUAUCAUUCAAAGUCAAAAAGAUUUCAUAUUCCUCACCCACGACAGAGAUUCCCCCAUCCGGCGCACUAUCCCACGGCAUCCGGAGCUUGAUGACGACGUCCUUUUCAGAUUCCAUGAUCGAAAGGCUUGGAAAGCUAUUGACCAACUAUUUUACAACACUUAUUUUGGGCGUUCUUGGAUCAUUCAGGAAGUCGCUGUCGCCGAGAUGGUCUACGUUCUGUGUGGAUCAUACAUUCUUCCUUGGGAUAUUUUCCGGAUGGCCUACGAAGGCAGGUCAAAGUUGGUCUUUCAGCGUUUCAGAAACCCUCUAGGAGACGAAUUCCCCAGCCUUGUUCCUUGCGUUAGAGAUGCUCGAUUGCGAUACCGCAACAGCAGCAAGACAAGAUGCCAGGACUUGGCUACCGUCUUGACCAGUUUCAGUUACUCAAAGCAAACGGAUCCUCGGGACAUCGUCUAUGCCGCGCUAGGACUCAUUACGCUCCGGUCGCCAUGUGCAGACAUCGUGCCGGACUACAGCAAGUCAACAGAGGACGUUUUCUACGAGGCAAGCUGUCGCAUCAUCCAAUCACGGAAGGAUCUUUACUUGUGGUCAUGCAAGACCUUGAUGAGUCGAAGGUCUAUGUCUCUUCCCUCCUGGGUACCAGAGUGGACGAUGAAGCCCUGCGAAGAAGCUCUUGAAUUCGCCAGCCCCCUUUUCAGCCGAUCUCUACCUGGAAAUCCCUCCUUGGAUGAUCGCAGCUUAUUCGUCGACGGCCAUUUGCUCGACGUGGUAGACGCCACCUUCUCCUUUGAUCAUAAUCAUGGGGAGUUUAAGCUUGUUUGGGGACUUGAUCAGUGGCUUAGAAAACACGGCAAGAACAUUUUUGGAGCAUACUCUGGUGGCUUGUUGGACAACUCUAUGACUCCUACUCUUUCGGAGGGUACCAACGUUGAAGCGAGUCACCUUUUGCGGGCCUAUGCGGAUAUCCCACUCUCUGUUGCGGAAGUUCUCCGUAACAUGAAGCCUGAUAGUCAUUAUCCUCUUCCCUACAGGAUGUUGAAUAUCGAAGCAAUGUGGUCAACCCUUACGGCUAUAUUCAAAAGGCGGAUCAAGCGGCCCAAUCCACAUGGAUAUCGACUUUUCCUCGCUCUAUUAUACAUCUAUCCUCAGCUUGUACUGGCAAGAGGUCCUAUAGGCUAUCGACUGCCACAUUCUUUCAAUUCCUGGAUCGUGGCAGCCAUUCUACUACUGGCCCAAGGGACGCAAAACAGGCUACUCCAAGAGAUCUUUGACAACCACGUUGAGAUGAAUCACUCCUUUCACGGCAUACGGGACAGCUUUUUCGUGACAAACAAGGGAUAUUUUGGUCGUGCUCCUGCUGAGACUAUUGAGCGCGGCCAGGUUGUGGCUGUACUUGGAGGGGCGUAUGUCCCAUACUUGUUACAGAAACAGAACAAUCACUAUCAGCUGAUCAGUCAUGUUCAGAACCCAUGGCACUACUCUAGCCUAACUACUUAG